UUCUGAAGCAGUACACUAGCUAUAUAUAGUGAUCGUCGUAUUGCAAACAUGGCUGUGCUUUUAGUUGUAACAAACUGUGGUGAAAUACCCGGCAUAAAUCAUAAAACAGGCUGGUAUCUUCCCGAGGUCGCCCAUCCAUAUAAAGUCUUUAAGGAUGCCGGUAUCCCCAUGACAAUUGUCAGCCCUCGUGGCGGCAAAGCGCCAUUGGACCCUGGAAGCGUGGAAGCUUCAAAACAAGACCCAGUCUGCACAUCAUUACACGCAGAUAAAAAAUGGAUGGAAUUAUUCGACAAUACGUCUGCAAUAACUGAUAUUGAUAUAACUAAGUACAACGUGAUAUUCUUCGCUGGUGGUCAUGGACCUAUGUUUGAUCUGCCUCAAUGUGAACCGUUGAACAAUGCAGCAACAAAGAUAUAUGAAAAAGGUGGUAUAGUUGCAGGUGUAUGCCAUGGAGUUGUAGGCAUGGUCAAUGCGAAACUGUCAAACGGAGAAUGGUUAGUUAAGGGUCACAAAGUAACAUGUUUCACCAACGAAGAGGAAGACCUAGUUAAGUUAAGUGAAGUCAUGCCCUUCAUGCUCGAGACAGCAUUGGUAGAACAUGGAGCCAUAUUCGACGCAGCCCCACCAUUUCAAGAGAAAGUUCACGUAUCUGAUCGUAUCAUAACUGGCCAGAAUCCAGCAUCAGCCACACCAGUUGCACAACGAAUGGUAGAAAAAAUGAAAGAACUCAAGUUUUAAAAAUCCUCAUAGGCACAACGCAUGCAAGAGCUCACGUUUUAGGAAUCCUCGUCGGUACAGCACUUCUCCGAACAGUAGAAUCAAGUAAAUGCACUCAUCUUAACGUCCUAACUAAUAGUAUAAAAAUAAAAUCGCUGUGCAAACAUUGAUUUAAGCCAUUGGUAUUUUUUCUGAGUAAAUUAUCGCAAGUAAGUUUCCUGAGAACGCCAAACAUUAUUUAUAUGUAACUCCUCCCUUGGGAAAAUUCGGUCAAUUCACCU